CGUAAGGAGGCGCUGACAGAGAAGGGAGGUUGGGGUGGUGGUGGGGGAGGUGAGGGGGGAGAACGGAAAGUGGAGGGAGCGAGCAUAGGCGGCUCCGCCAUUCUUUCCACAUCGCCUCCCUUCGGUCUCUCCGCGCCCAACUCCUCCGAUUCCUCCACCACCUUCCCCUCCCCCACAUAUCUAUAUACAUGGCUCCUUCCAUCGAAGGAAAGCGGCCCGAGGUGAAGUCACCAAUGAACACCACCUGCUGCAACCGGGAGGAGAUCACUCCCCGGUACAGGGUCACGGUGGUCGGCAGCGGCAACUGGGGCAGCGUCGCCGCCAAACUCAUCGCCUCCAACACCGUCAAGCUUCCCAUCUUCCACGAUGAAGUACGGAUGUGGGUGUUCGAAGAGAUACUGCCUGGUGGAGAGAAGCUGUCCAAGGCGAUCAAUCAAACUAAUGAGAAUGUAAAGUACCUUCCAGGCAUAAAGCUCGGAAAGAAUGUGAUUGCAGAUCCUGACCUUGAGAAUGCAGUGAAAGAAGCAAACAUGCUGGUCUUUGUAACUCCCCACCAGUUCGUUGCGGGCAUAUGCAAAAGGCUUGUAGGGAAAAUAAAACCCAAUACAGAGGCCAUCUCUCUGAUUAAGGGUAUGGAGGUUAAAACGGAGGGGCCAUGCAUGAUCUCGAAACUUAUAACUGAUAUGCUGGGGAUCAACUGUUGUGUUCUCAUGGGUGCUAACAUCGCUAAUGAGAUUGCUGUUGAGAAGUUCAGCGAAGCGACAAUUGGCUACAGACAAGAUAAGGAGGUUGCACAAAGAUGGGCUAGAUUAUUCUGCACCCCUUACUUCCUAGUAUCUGUGGUACAGGAUGUGGAAGGAGUAGAGCUCUGUGGGACUCUGAAGAAUGUGGUUGCUAUUGCAGCAGGUCUUGUGGAUGGCAUGAACAUGGGAAAUAACACAAAGGCAGCAAUAAUGAGGAUUGGUUUAAGGGAGAUGCGUGCACUUUCAAAACUGCUAUUCCCUUCUGUUAGAGACAGCACCUUCUUUGAAAGCUGCGGUGUGGCCGAUCUAAUAACAACUUGUCUUGGAGGGAGAAACAGAAAAGUUGCCGAGGCUUUUGCAAAAUGUGGUGGCAAAAGAUCAUUUGAUGAGCUAAAAGCUAAAGCUACUUCAAUUCUACAAUAAAGCUUCUUCAAUUAU